GCCCUAUUGUGCCAUAUCGGGCCUCCAUUGUAAAAGGGACUUUUGUGGAAAUUUAUCGACCAUUUAUUGGAUCUUUUGGUCAUUAAUCGUCCCCCUCAGGGCAUAAUUGCUCUCCUGAACCCGACCAAUAGAUACGCUGCCGUGUAAGUGAUAUUCUACCUUGUCCACCGUGCUUGUAUAACCAAUUACUACGAUUUAUUAGCUACAUCGGCCAUUGGCGCCGUCUAAAUCAGUCGUAAAAGUCGAUAGGACGAAGCCAACUAUGAAGCGGUUCACUUUGGAAUCAAAAUCGUAAAAUAGUCCAUUUGAGGACUAGUGCCAGUGGCUGUGUGAACAUGGACAUGCCUCUAUCUAUCCACUUGCAGUAUACACCGUACCCCGAAUUUCCACUUCCUUUCCCUCCGGAACCCAUACUGCCUCGGCCAUCGAGCAACCUCCCUUGUCUCGCUUCCACCCCUCAUCGCCCUUCUCUACCGCUUCUGCUGAAAUCUCCUUGCCGAAGAUAUCAAGCCAGAUCUGAGUAUCACGAAUUAUGGAGAAGCCACAGGCACGGUAGAGAUUGAGUCCUCCCGAUUCGCCAGUCACAUACAUAAUCUCGUUGUGGUCUUGGCCCCAGCGAAUGAGUGUGCGGGCGACGCCUUGGCGACGAUGAGACGGAGAAACACCAAUGCCAUACAGAUGCAGAGAUGGGCUCGAGGUAGAUAAUGACGGCGGCAUAGCUUUGCGCGACCGAGCCAAUGCUUCCACAUGGGAUGUAAUGCUCGGCGGUUCAGGAGGGUUAGGGUGUUUCGCGUGAAACAAUUGCUUCGCUUCUUCGAGUAUGGCAGUGACAACUAGUUUUGGUCAGCAUUGACAGAAAAUUAAAAUUUCCAGAAGAAUCGCGAACCAAGCUUGUCCUCUUGGGGUCUCCAUUGGCGUACGACAAUAUUUCCAUCUUUCAGAAUUCGUUGUAUCCAGAUGGCCACGCCAAUAACUUCAUCACGAGCCCCUGCUGCGGCUGCUUCCACUGUAACAGGGACCACCGCAACACGAAUCAUCUUGCCGGGAUCCAAGAAGCAUGAUGCCAUCCAGUCUAGCAUCACGCAAUACAGCCAUCGAGAAUCUCCAAUUGUUGUAGGUCGCUGCCAUAUGGUACCAUCAUCUGGCGAGUCACAGAUGUGCUGCGCAAUGGAGGGUAGAUCCUCUGGUACUGCGGUGCGAUAUACUAGCUGUGUUGUCAUCUUGUUUUACUAAACAACAAGAGGAAACUAUAGAAAUUACACUAGGCCAAGGCCGUAAUAUAUACUUUGUGCUUUCCUGUGUGAUUGGCCUCUGGAAAUAUAGCAUUGACUAAUUGUUAAUAAUAAUUUUUGUGUGAAUCAAACAAAGCUGAAUGCGUGACUCACUGAGGCUUGUUGGAGCGAGUUGCGAGGCGUUGUCAAACCUUGCAUACGCUCCACAAGCACCAUUUACUUAAUUAACUUAAUGCAACUAAUUUCACAUUUUGUUUCUUUUGCAUUAUUUGCUAUACAUAUUUUUCACACAUAUCUCUUACUUGUUUUGUUUGUCUAUGACGCCGUUGAUUGGUCGAUAUUUUAGUCUGUCGGGACGGAGACUAUGUUGCAGUUAGUCUUUUAUUAAUUUCUGUACCGCAUGAUAAUAUGAAAUCUACAAGUUUAAAGCGUUAAGCAAGACUUGUAGGAGUAAGUAUUGAAGGAUCAUUUAUUUUCCGCUCAAAGUAACGCUGAUAUUCCACUGAGAAAUGCCGCAUCAGGCUGUUUGAUAAGGCUCUCAAGACAGCUGGGCUUGUAUAAUUUAUCCUUUUUCCCCGCCCGACGAUCCGAACAGUUUCACAACCUCAUUCUUGAUUCAUCACUCUAUGAGAAUCCGCUCAUAAAAGUACUAAAUAUCCUACACUAUCACUUAUUCAUUCCUGCCUUAUUCCGCUGUUACAAUGGGUCAGGGUCCGUCUCAGCCCAAGCCGGGCACCAAGUUUCGCGUCAUCGGCGCCGGCAUGUCCCGAACUGGCACGAAAUCGUUUUCCGAAGCCCUUACUAUUCUUCUUGAUGCGCCUGUUCAUGAUGCUGGCGUUGAAUCCAUUGGAGGGCCAAAGCAUCAUCGCCAAAACUGGAUGGAGGUGAUGCGGCUGGCGCCCAAUGCCAAAACCUCCGCCGAUGACAAGAAGGUCGAUGCUCUGCUACACAAACUUCUUGAUGGCUACUGCGCCACUGUUGACGUCCCGGCCAAUAUGCUAACACCAGAGCUUCUACGCGUCUACCCUGACGCCGUUGUGAUUGCCACUACGCGCGACUCAGCGUCGUGGUACCGCAGUCUGCAGCGUAUGACGGCCAUGACCACACCGACCUAUGUCCACAUCAUUGUGUACUGGAUCCCUGUAUUUGGUGAUUUCCGCAAGCAUUUCCUCGCCCUCCAGAAAGUCUUCUUGUGGCGACUUGGAACAAAGGAUCUGGCGCUAACAGACCUCCAACGACAUGAAGACAUGAUCCGCGAAUGGGUCCCUGCUGAGAAGCUUAUUUGGUAUGAAGUUCGCGACGGUUGGGGGCCGUUGUGUAAAGCAUUAAACGUGCCGAUUCCAGAUCGGCCCUUUCCACACAAUAACAAACCUGACGAUGGUGUCUAUUAUUUCCGGUACUUUAUGAUCUUUGGGCUGAGCCUCUGGGCUCUAGUUCUUGGAGCGGUCUAUCUGGCGGGGUACAUGAUUUGGAACCAGUUUUUCAGAUGAAGAUUUUAGUGUUUAUUAUGAAUACUUGAAUUCUCAAUUAUGAAGCUUGAAUUACUACCUGCCCG